AUGAAAACAGUGUGCGUAAUUGGCGCAGGUCCUGCUGGCUUGGUUGCUGCCAAAACACUCCUACAGCAUGGUGGGUUUUCUGUCAACGUCUACGAAGCAGCGGAUCGCGUGGGCGGGAUGUGGAGGGGGCGGCCUGGAGACUUCGGCGACAAGUGCAGCCCAGAAAUGCGGACCAAUCUUUCUCGAUUCACAGUCGCCUUCCCGGAUCUUUCAUGGUCAUCUGUCGAUCUCUCAGAUCCGGUAACAGGAACUCCUGCUCCUUCGACCCCGCCUACUUUCCCAAAAGCAUGGCAAGUGGGACGGUACUUGGAGACGUAUGCGAAGAAGUUCAACUUGGGCUCUAGUAUAUCUUUCAACAAGCGUGUCAUUCAUACCAAGCUUCUCGAUACAUCCCUGACUUGGGAGGUUACUUGCGAGGAUAGUAUAACGAAGCAGCAAGAGACGCAAUGCUACGAUCAUGUAAUCGUCUCGACCGGUUUCUUCGACAAACCCUCCCAUUCAUUCGAUACCUCGCCAGACAAGAACCUCGCGAACGUCCAGCAUUCAAUCAAGUUCCGAGAGCUUUCCUCACUCACGAACACGGCUGGCAUAGUUGUCGUCAUUGGAGGCGGCAUCGGCGGUUCAGAAGCAGCAGCGCAAGCCGCCUUCCAAAUAUCAUGUGCUAAGAACUCGCCGGGCAAAAUCAAAUCUGUUCAUGCAGCAAGCAAAGUGUAUCAUAUCACAAACCGACCUUUCUACUGCAUCCCUCGCUACCUCCCUCAAGACUUUCCCAAAUCCGAGGCCCAAGAUCACAGCCUAGCACCGACAUUCCUUCCACUCGAUCUUGUCUUCUACAACCUUUCACGUCGAGGUGAAGGGAUCACUUCCGCAGCAAUCACAACAGUCCCGCCUGAAAAGGCAAAGAAGGGCCACGAAUUUAUGCGCUCUGUCCUCGGCAGUGAUCAAAGUGAGCUUGGUCGUCCAGAGCUUGUGUACAAGCCGGACCAGACGCAGUAUCCAGCAUAUACCGGCAUCACCGAUACGUACACCGAAUUUGUCAGAAGCGGUGUCAUCGUGCCAAUUCAGGGUUGGGUGGACGAGGUCAAGCAUGGACUUGGCGAUUCUUUCGACAUCGUCUACAGGCAAUACGAGCCGUGGUAUCACGCGCCUGGGCAGGACGCAAAUAGCAAAUUCGAAGUCAUCGGCGCGACUGCCAUCAUCGAAGCAACAGGCUACAAGAACAGCCUCGACUUUCUUGAUCCCAGCGUCAAAGAAAUGAUCCACUACGACUUCAGCUGUUCUCGCAUUCCCAUCCUCCUGACGCGUGGGUCGGUCCUCGCGGAAGUGCCCACGCUUGGCUUCGUCGGUUUCUAUGAAGGCCCAUACUGGGGUAUGAUGGAAUUGCAAGCCCGCCUCCUUGCCAACACCUGGACCAGCGAUACUGCCGCCGGCUCUAGUCAACUUCCCGAUCGCGAGAUCUACCGGCUCUCCGAUACCGCGCAAAUGCGCCAGGCGAUACAACGCGACCACUCUCUUCAAGUCCCGCAGUUCUGGAUGAGCGACUACAUCGGGCUCAUCGAGGAGUUCGCACGAGAAACAGGCAUGACGCGCUCUGACGCAGCGUUCGGCGGGCAAUCUGGUCCCGCCUUCCCAUCACGCUAUCAAGGACCCGGCACUGAUUCCGAAGCCGCCACCGUUGUCCAAGAAGUCGCCGACCUGAUCAAAGCCUCGAAAGAGAACCUCAAGUUCGUCGCCGCGGCAGUCUUCAGAGCUAUGCAAGGUAUCUGGUCUCUCCACCGCAAGAUCGACUCGCGCUCCUCGUCGGGCCCAGGAGGAAUCUUCUCUGGCACUGCGCACUUCCAUCCUCGCACACCCACGGACCCCGCAUACACAUCCGAGUAUCUCUACAUCGAAGAAGGGACUUUCACGAUGGACACGGGAUACACUUUCCCUGCCACGCGUCGCUACAUAUACCGAUACAACGAGACAACGGACAAGAUCACAGCGUGGUUUGCAGACGAGGACGGCGCAUCUGUGGCAUCACUGUUCAAUACGUGGAACUUCUAUGCGCCGGGGGAUAAGCUGCAUGGGUGGAUGGCUAAGGGACAUCAUUGGUGUGACCCCGAUACGUACAAGAAUACCUGCGAGUUUAGGUUCAAGGGGGUGGGUUUGUCGAAGUUCUGCAUCACGUAUCAGGUUGAGGGUCCGAGGAAGGAUUACAGUCAUGAGAGUUGGUAUGAGAGGCCGAAUGUGGAGUGA